GCGGCGGCGGUGGAGGAGGCUGGGGCAAGGGUGGCGGCAAGGGCAAGGGUUGGUCGCCGUACUGAGCCUGAGGCUCUUCAGCGAGCCCAAGAGGCUCUUCGGCGGCUGCAAGAAGGUGUUCGGCGGCUCCAAGAGGCUCUUCGGAGAGCGCAGAGGCUUUUCCGAGAGGCCCAGGGCGGCCGCCGAAACGCCUCUCCCCGCAGGGUGUUGUGGCCGGCUCCCGUGCCGAUCGCUCGGCCGUGCGGCGCCCGAGCAUAUAUCCCGCCAUCUGCGGAGGCCGCCGGCGGCGACCACGCGCGAGACAGAGGCCCCCCCCCUCCUCCCCAGACCUCC